AUGGCCGAACUCUCUUCAGCCCCCGUGCUGUCCACGCCAGACGACCACCUCUUCGAAGCCGCCGCGCAAGCCGAGACCAAAUCAACCCUCUCCCACGAUGCGCUCCGAACCACAUACGAGAUCCCGCGCACGGCGGCCGAGAUCCGACAAGGCGGCUGGACGAGAGUCGCGCUCCAGUUCCCAGACCACAUGCUCGUCGACGCCCCGAGAGUAGUCGAAGAGCUGAGGCAGGAACUGGAAACCACGAGCGCGGGCGACAGCACAGACGAGACCCCCAAGAGGAGCUGGAGGAUAUGCAUCCUGGCGGACACGAGCUACAGCGCCUGCUGCGUCGAUGAGAUUGCGGCCGAGCACGCGAAUGCGGACGUCGUGGUGCACUAUGGGCGGACAUGUCUGAGCCCGACGAGCCGAUUGCCCGUCAUUUACGUGUACACGUCGCAAGAGCUGGAUCACGAGGCCGUCGUUGCGCAGUUCACAAAGGAGUUUGGCGACAAGGACACAAAGGUCGUCAUCAUGGCAGACCUGACAUACCAAAACCACGUGGAGCCGAUAUCAAACGCCCUCAGAGAACAAGGAUACAGCAAGAUCGUCGCGACAGAAGUCAUCAGAGAUCCCGCGGGCGUAAUACCAAACAGGAGAAUAGCGGGCGACCCCAUAGACGAAGAGCUGCUCAAGUCGCAUUCCCUGUUCCACAUCUCCGACCCUCCCGCCUCUCUCCUCCUCGCCCUCCAGUCCCGCUUCGCCUCUCUACACGUCCUCUCCGUACCGUCACCUUCAUCUCCCACCCUCGACAACCCGACGUUCCGAACAGCGGGGCUCUUGCGCCGGCGCUUCGCUCGCGUUCUCACCCUCGCCUCGGCGGGUGUCGUUGGCAUUCUCGUCAACACGCUCUCGGUAUCCAACUACCUCUCGUCGAUCGACUUGCUGCGGAAGAAGAUUGCGGAGGCUGGUAAGAAGAGCUACACGGUCGUUGUAGGCAAGCUGAACCCGGCCAAGCUGGCCAAUUUCGCCGAGAUUGAGGGCUGGGUCGUCGUCGGGUGCUGGGAAAGCGGGCUGAUUGAGGAGGAUGCCGGCUACUGGCGCCCCGUCAUCACGCCCUUUGAGAUGGAGGUGGCCUUGAUGGGCGAGGAAGUAAGAGUAUGGGGCGGGGAAUGGUGGGGAGGCAUCGAGAAGCUGAAGCUGGAAGACGGAGUUCCGAAGAAGGAGGAGGAGGAGGAGGAGGCCAACAAAGACACGCAGGAGAGAAAUGCGACAGCAGAAGAUGGUGCCGAGGAGGAUGUAGACGAAGACGAGUCCCUGCCGCCAGUGUUCGACCUAAGGACGGGCAAGCUCGUCAGCCACAGCAGGCCCAUGCAGCUUGCAACCAGAAGCGCAUCCCAGACGCAAAAGGUCAACGGCGAAGACGGGCCGCGGACAUCCGAUGCGCUGGUCAAGAGGGCAGCGGGUGAACUGGCGACCAUCAACGGCGUGGCCAGCCCCGGCGCGGAGUAUCUCCGAUCUCAGAGGACAUGGCAGGGACUCGGCAGCGACUUCAACGAAGAGGCCAGCACGGCGAUAGAGGAGGGGCGGAGUGGCAUUGCGAGAGGGUACCAUGUGGGUGAGGAGAGGGCAAGGCACUGA